UUAAUUCGAGAUUGCCUCGAUCCGGCAACUGAAGGAGAGAAAUUAGAUACAGUCAAGAUAGAAAAUAUUGAGCCUUCCGCUCCACCUGAUCCAGAUUACAAAAAAUUGCCUCCUGCUCCUCCACCGGCAGCAAAUGUUGGUGACAGCCCUUUCGAUACAGAAUUAGACCCGGCAGAUCAGGAGGAUUUAGAAGAGCAAGCAGCCCAAUAUCAUAGAGAUGAGGACCCCUGGGGCAUCUUUUUAAAUGAGGAAAAUAAGAAUUUUGAUAUGACAAAACUAAAAGAUAUUAUCACUGAAUGUGUACGACAAAAUAUAUCUAAAGAAAAUCAUAAGGCUCUGCCUCCUAUUUCUUCCUCAACUCCUGAAUAUUCACUUCCUAUACGGGAAGAAGGAGCACAUAAGCCUACUAUCUUAAGCCCUUUACAAAAGGCCUUGCAACAAGCUACUAAAGAAGGUGAACACAUUCCCGGAUUUUCUUUAGCAUAUCCGGUUCUUGAGGAUGCUCAACAACAAAGAUAUUACGAAGCCAUUCCUUUUAAACAACUAAAAGAAUUAAAAAUGGCCUGCGCUCAGUAUGGACCUACUGCUCCUUUUACUCAGGCCAUUAUUGAGAGUUUAGGAAAUCAGUAUCUGCCCCCAAAUGAUUGGAAACAAGUAGCUCGUGCCUGCUUAUCCGGAGGCAACUUUUUACUCUGGAAAUCAGAGUUCUAUGAAAACUGCGCUGCUAUAGCCAAUAUUAAUCAGCAACAGAAUAUUCAAAUCACCUACGAACAAUUGACUGGGGAAGGUCAAUACCAGGAUACUAACUAUCAGUUAGGAUGUUUGCCCGGAGCUUAUCCUCAAAUAAACGCGGCAGCAUUAAAAGCAUGGAGGCGGCUACCAAAUUCUGAAUGUAAAACGGAAGAUUUGUCAAAAAUUCGACAAGGCCCCGACGAGCCAUAUCAAGAUUUUGUUGCUCGUCUCAUGGAAACUAUUGGUAAGGUUAUAGGGGAUGAACAGGCAGGAAUGGUCUUAGCAAAACAACUAGCUUAUGAAAAUGCUAAUUCUGCUUGCCAGGCAGCCCUUAGACCUUACAGAAAAAAGAGUCAUUUAGCUGAUUUUAUACGAAUUUGUGCUGACAUAGGGCCAUCUUAUGUCCAAGGAAUAGCCCUAGCUGCUGCCUUGCAAGGGAAAACUGUAAAGAAAGUCUUGUUUCAACAAAGCCAUCCCAAACAUAAUUUUCAGGGAACUUCCAGAGUUGCUGGACCCCCUGGCAGUUGUUAUGCUUGUGGCCAAUUAGGGCAUCGGGCAAAUCAAUGCCCUAAAAGGGGACAACAGCCAACGGGCCAAGAUACAUUAGUCACAAGCCCAGGUUUAUGUCCCAAAUGUAAAAAAGGAAAACACUGGGCCAAAGACUGCCGAUCUAAAACUGAUAUAAACGGGCAACUUCUGAACCAGGGAAACUGGGUGAGAGGCCAGCCCCAGGCCCUGAAACAAUGUUAUGGGACAAUUCAGGCAACCUCCCAGAUCAGUCACAAUCCGUUUCUUCCCGGACAAACAUUUCAGACCUCUAUAGAGCAACCCCGGGAAGCGCAGGUUUGGACCUCUGUGCCUCCACCUACACAGUAUUAA